AUGGAGAAGCGGUCGCCGUCGGGCGAGCCCAUCAUCGAGCGCGACACCGGGUUCAAGCGGCGGCUCAAGCGGCUCCUCGGCAUCUUCGUCUUUCGACAGAGCUACCUCGACCUCGCCAACGUUCACAUCGACGCCGCCGAAAGGAGGGCGCGGUUGGUGGGCGAAUGGCAGAACUACGGCGUGCUGAUGGCCCUCAUCGCCGGCUUCGCCGUCCAGAUCUAUAUGGACCCGCCGCAGACCAAGGUCGACGGCAACGCCACCUGGAUGCCCACGCUCUUCGGUAUCUUCAUCGUGGUGGCGUUGGCGUCCAACUUCUUCGGCAUCCUGCUGACGCUCUCGUUCUACCGGGCGCUGAACGCGAUCCCCGAUCGGAAGAACAAGAAGUUCAUCCGCUCGCUCUCCUUCGUGCUCGGCAUCCCCACGAUCUUCCUCAUGCUGGGCGUCAUCUCCUUCUGCGCGGCCAUGGUCGUUGCCGCUCGACUCCUCUAUGACGACGCCAUCUUCAUCUUCAUCUGUGUGCUCACGGGGUGCAUCUGCCUGGUGUGGCUGCUCAUACACCUCUACACGCCACUCGUCCUGCGUGCCCUCCGCUCCGCCUGA